UGGAACGAUUCGUUCCAUUAAUAAUUUCCCUUCCAAAAUCCCAUCUCCUUUCUCAAAUCGCAGUUUCCAGCCCAGUUUUUACUACAAAUCAAUAUAAUCUAGUAUUUUUUUUUUUUUCCUUCUUGCCAAUGAACAGUCAAAGAACUGACCUAAAAAAAAUCAUUAUCUCAAUCCUGCUCCCUUUCUCUUAGUGUUAGUUGGUGCUUACCCAUGAGCUUCAGUUUAGCGCGCUUCCUCCUCAAAUUUGGAAUUUCUUCAAACAUCAACGCCAACUACGGCUUUCUUCUUAUAACUCCCAACAAACGCAAAUUUACAGCAACUGCCGCCUCUACAGCUCACGAGUCGAACCAGGAGCUACUAGUGGUGGUUGGCGGUGGAGCAGCCGGAGUUUAUGGGGCAAUUAGAGCCAACACUUUGGCUCCUAAUCUUAAUGUGGUGAUUAUAGAGAAAGGAAAGCCUCUAUCUAAGGUGAAAAUAUCUGGAGGAGGUAGAUGCAAUGUUACAAAUGGGCAUUAUACUGAUCAUAUGGUUUUGGCAGAGCAUUAUCCUAGGGGUCAUAAAGAAUUGAGAGGAUCUUUCUUCAAUACACAUGGCCCAUUGGAUACUAUGUCUUGGUUUUCUGAUCAUGGGGUGGCAUUGAAGAUUGAGGAUGAUGGAAGAGUGUUUCCCAUCAGCAAUAGUUCAUCUUCAGUUAUUGAUUGUCUUCUAACAGAGGCAAAGCGGAAGGAAGUUUCUCUGCAAACUGGAAAAGUUGUAACAAAUGCGUCUAUCAGUGCGGGUGGAAAGUUUCAUCUGAAGGUUGAGAAACGUACAAUUGAUUAUGUUGAAUCUGUUGAAGCUGAUUAUCUAUUGAUUGCCAGUGGGAGUAGUCGACAGGGUUAUAAUCUUGCAAAUCAGCUAGGUCAUUCAAUUGUUGAUCCAGUACCAAGCUUAUUCACUUUCAAGAUUGAAGAUAAACAGCUUGCGGAGUUAGCAGGGGUUACAUUUCCUAAGGUUGAGGCAAAGCUGAAAUUAGAAAAUGUCCGAAGGAAUAUACCACACCUUACACAGGUUGGUCCCAUGUUAGUCACACAUUGGGGACUUAGUGGACCAGUAAUUCUUCGGUUAUCUGCUUGGGGGGCGCGUCAUCUGUUUUCUUCAGUUUACAAAGGAAUGCUUAUGGUGGAUUUUAUACCUGACUUGCAUAUAGAAAGCAUAAAGUCAAUCCUCAGUCAACACAAGAUUAAAUUUUUGAAGCAAAAAAUAGUCAAUUCAUGUCCUUCAGAAUUUGGCCUUCCAAAGAGAUUUUGGAAAUAUAUAUUGGAUCGUGAGAAUGUAAUUGGAGAUACCUUGUGGGCUUCCAUAUCGAAUACCUCCAUCAUUUCCAUUGCGCAUCUUUUAAAACACUGUACAUUUGGAAUAAUGGGAAAGGGUCAAUUUAAGGAUGAAUUUGUCACUGCAGGAGGUGUUCCAUUGUCCGAGAUUUCAUUGAACACAAUGGAAAGCAAGAUCUGUUCACGGCUUUUCUUUGCAGGAGAGAUUAAACAUCAAUUGCAGGUGCUGAAUGUUGAUGGGGUGACAGGUGGUUUUAAUUUCCAGAAUGCGUGGUCUGGCGGAUACAUUGCUGGGACAAGUAUUGGUGAACUAGCAGUUGAAGAUAGUCUAAAGGAGGAAGUUUUAUGAGUUGAAAGUCAGUCCUAACAUUAUCCUUUUUUCACUUUAUGAGAAGUUGUACCUGAAUGUUUCAUUUUUCAUAUUGUUUUAGCUUUUCUUCAUAUGCAUGUUUGCUCAACAGUACACAAAUAAAAUUUACUACACUAGUCAUCAACAUUAUAUUCUUCUCUA